CGUUUGAACAACACGGUAUAGUGUCUUGGCUAGUUUUUUGGCGACCCGCAAAAAUAAAAUUGGAAAAUAUUAAAAGAAAAUUAAAAAAAAAAAACAAAAGAAAGAAACCGUGCAGAAACGACUUACUUUAGUGAUAUUUACCAAAAACCAAGAAAAUAAAACCAGAAAAUCGGAAAAUAUAUUAACAAGUGUAUGCAAAAAUAGAUAUUACAUAUAAUAUAAAAAAAUUCUUUUAGUGAUAAAAAAUCUUGACCAACAUUUUAUUGAAGGAUAUUCAAAAAUAUCAUAGUCUUUAGCAAAAUAAAAAGAAAUAAAUUAAUAACAUAAAAAAUCAAACAAUGUCGCUUUAAAACAAGCCAAAGUUUAAAAUAUAUCAUUAAAUUUACCGAAAAACGACAUAAAAUCUACAUUUUCCGAAUCGAUAGCUACAAUAUGUGGAAAUUUUGUAUUUUCUUUCUAUUGGCUGUCCAUAGUACGGGAGCCAUACGUCCAUCCACCACCAAAGACACUCAGGAGAGAUGUGGCUCAAUUUUGUGUCGGAAAGUCAAUGAGAUUUUCUCACAAUCAAAAUUGACACAUGGCUAUAACUAUAUCACCACUAUACCGGCGGGAGCUAUGAAUUUGACCAUACAUGCUAUGGCAAAAAGCAAUAAUCUGAUAGCUUUAAAGACCAAGGAUGACAAAUACAUAGUGAAUGGUAAUAACCGCCCCUCGGAAGGUGGCUUCUUUGAAUAUAAUGAUGAUACCUACGAUUAUAACAAGGAGGCCAGUAUGAUAAAGGCCAAGGGACCUUUGAAUAGUCCUGUCGUUUUGAUGCUAAUGGUUUCUGAAUUGAAUCCCGGCAUUCAAUAUUCCUACCUUUUGCCUGUACCCUCGGCCACCAUUACCGAACCCGAGGAAUUGCAAAGUCAAUGGAAUGAAUUGGGUCAACCUUUAGACGAAAUCGAAGAAAACUCUGUCAAGAGUCCUUAUGAAUCCAGAGCCAAGGAAAAACGCAAGCGUAAAUAUGCCUGGGAAUUGUUAGGAUUUGGACCUUGCAGCCGUACCUGUGGUCCCGGCAAACAAUCGCCCAUCUUCAGAUGCACUCGAGAAACGGAUAGCAAGGAAACUGUCAAACGUUAUUACUCGCCAAAACGUUGUGCAAAUUUGGAAAAGGAAACUUUUCUACCCACCAUCUAUCAAUGUAGUCAUGGCUUGUGUCCACCCUAUUGGAAGUUGGGAGAAUUUGGAGAAUGUGAAUGUGUGGGAGGUUUUACAGAAGGCUAUAAAAGGCGAGAGGUCUUUUGUUAUCAGGAGAAUAUAAAUGGUACCCAUGUUCAAAUGGAUGAGGAAAAAUGUGAGGAAGCCAGACCGGCGGCCAUGGAAAGAUGUAAUUGCAAGAAACCCAAGAUAUAUGCACGCAAUGUAGAGAAAUCAAGUCAAAUGUAUGCUAGAGUCAUAGGAUCACCCACCACCAUAAGGAAUGUGUUGAGCAAACGCCAUACCCAUUCCAACACCAGUCUUUCCACCUCUUUAAAGCGCAACUAUCGUGAAGAUAAGGCUGGCGUCUGGCUUAUGUCUGACUGGAACCAUCAGUGCACCCGUGAUUGCAUUUACAAUUAUGAACAUCGCACCAUACAUUGUGAUCGCACUGCCCCCUAUGUGGAUCCCUGUGAUCCUCUCACCCAACCCGAGCCCAAAAGAACCUGCACAAAUCAUUCCAAAUCUUGCCGUCGUGGCAUGUGGUUCGCUUCGGAUUGGAGUAAGUGUGCUGGUGAUUGUAUGAAUCGUCGCCGCACACGCAUGAUUCUAUGUGUCAUGGAUGGUUUUGUGGUGGAUAUGAAGCAAUGCGAUCCCAAGACUAAACCCGUUGAGGCAACCAUAUGUGCAACAAAAGAUAAUGCUUUCUGUGGACCCAAAUGGCACUAUUCGGAAUGGUCAGAGUGCUCCCGUUCAUGCGGUGAAGGUGUUCAACGUCGCUAUGCCAAAUGUCUUGAAUACGAUUGGAAACUCAAAGAAAUGACCGAAUCGAACAAAUGCAAAUACCUGGAACGUGAACCCGUCUAUGGCACAUGCCACAUGGCCAAUUGCGAAGAACUGAGAGUGGCAGCCCAUCAUCAUCAUCAGCAUCAUACGCCAGCGUCGUCUGCCACCAAUGCCAAACUUGACAAUGCCGUUGCAGUGCAUACACGAGGUGGUAGUAAUGGCCCAACAGCCGUCGCCUCACCUGCCUCAGGACCUGGCGAUGGCAGCGAACGUAUAGAAUAUGAAUAUGAUGGUGAAGAAGUGUUGGGCUAUGACACAGGUGAACCAGAUGAAGGCAUUGACGAGUAUAUCUAUCAAGAUUUGUCUAGUGGCAAUGAGAAAAUAGUGAUAGCUUCGGCGCCAAAAGUAUUGCAAAAUUGUCGCGAAGAAUUGAAUAAUUGUAAGCGUAUAAAUCGUGAACGUUUGUGUAAAGUCGAUUAUUAUAAGAAAUAUUGUUGUUUAACGUGCCAUGGUUAUUAUUAGGAUGUAGUGUGGUGAGAAUCAAUCUGGGAUUAUGAGUAAAACUGAAAUUUAGGAGGCGAGAGUUGGAAAAAAAUGAGCAGGAAAAUGAUUGAUAGAUGGGAUAUUGAAUUAUUGAAGAUUGAUAUCAGAUAAUUAGUGACUGACAAAUUUUUGAUGAGUGAUGUAUGAUUGAUAAACGAUUGAUGUCUGAUUGAUAAAUGAUGGAUUAUCGAUAACUAAUGAAUAAUGUAUGAUUUAUGAAUAAUCGAAGACUCAUUGCUAAUUAACGACUGCUGAUUGAGGAUAAAAUUUUAGUUGAUUUUUGAUUGAUAUUGUGGUAAUUAAUGAGAUGAUGUAUAAUUGAUGAAUAACCGAUGAGUCAUUGAUAAAUGAUAAAUGAUGGAUGAAUGAUAAAUGAUGAAAGAAUGACAGAUGAGGGAUAAAUGAUAGAUUAUUAAUAAAUGAUGGAUGAUAAAUUAAUGAUGUAUGAUUGAUGAAUUAUCGAUGACUCUUUGCUGAUCAUCGAUUGAUGUUACAAUUUUAUAACUUUUUUUAUUGAUGUUGUUACGAUUAAAGAGAUGAUUAUGAUGUGUUAUUGAUGAAAAGGCCAUAGCUAUGAUGAUGGAUUAAUAAAUAGUGGAUGUUUGAUUAAUGAUGUAUUAUUUUGGUACAUUCAAUGACUCAUUGCUGACAAAGGAUUAGUGAUUGAUCAUAAAAUUUUAGAAGAUUUUGGAUUGAUAUUGUAAUCAUUAAAGAUACUACAUACGCGGUAUGUGAUGGAUUAUUGAUAAAAGAUAGAUGAUUACUAAAUGAUGCAUGAUUAAUAAAUGAUUUAUGAUUGAUGAAUAAUCGAUGACUCAUUGCUAACUAACGACUGGUGAUUGAUGAUACAAUUUUAAAAUAUUUUGGAUUGAUAUUGUAAUGAUUAAUGAGAUGAUUAUGUAUAUGUGGUAAAUGAUGGAUGAUUGAUAAAUAAUGGAUGAUUGAUUCAUGAUGUAUGAUUGAUGAAUAAUCAAUGACUCAUUACUGACUAACGACUAGUGAUUGAUGAUACAAAUUUAGCUGAUUUUUUACUGAAAUUUGAUGAUUAAAGAAAUAAUUGGCCAUCAAUGAUUGAAAAUUUAUGAAUAAUCCUUAAUAAUUGACAUUUAUAUUUUCAUGCUCUGCAACAUAAGACUCUUUAUCCUCAGUUAAUAAUCAAACCAUCAAUAUUGUAAAAUUUUUAGAACAUUUAGUCAUCUUACUUCUGUUAUGCUG